AUGAUUAAUGUAAUUAAAAAUCGUCUUCUGCUUAGCAAUGAGCACCACGGUUUCUCUACACCAGAGCAAGAGGAAGAUGCACACCCCACAAAGAAGGAUGUUGAAGCCCUGAACGAGCUCUCAGAUACAGAGGUCGAGAAAUUCAUUUCCCUAUGUAGUAGUAACAAGGCAUUCAAAGAUGACUACAAGAGGAGAGUGUUGCCAUCACUCGACAUGAGGCAAUUGAGUUCCGAUGGUCGGAUGAGGAAUCUAGAUGAGAAGCCACUUGCGGCAGUUGAGGCACCUACUCCAUCUGAGACUCAGAUGAUUGUGAAAUCAAACGUGAAACAACAUGCUAAGGAGUAUUCAAUUCCUGUUGCACAACAUGAUACUUCUUUGCAGAAAGAUCAAAAAGAAAAGAAUGCUCGAAAUAAGAAAGAAGCAAAUAAGAAAACCGAAAGCAUCUUGGACAAGAUUGAAAGUGAAGACAGAGAUGUCUCUGGGAUACAUCAAUUGCAAAAGGAUGAUCCUCCUAAAGUUGAUGAGAUGAAAUUGAAGGAGAUGAAGCGAGAGGAAGAGAUUGCCAAGGCUAAGCAGGCAAUGGAAAGAAAGAAGAAGUCAGCUGAGAAAGCUGCUGCCAGAUCAGCAAUAAAAGCUCAGAAGGAAGCCGAGAAGAAGCUUAAGGAAAUUAUUGCUUUAUUCAACUUUUCUUUUUUAACAUUGUCUUAUUGA